AUGGCGAGCCGCGGCGGGGCCGGGCAGGGGCUGCCCGAGGCGCGAUGCAGCAUCGGCCCCGCUGGUGGCGUCGCGGUCCCCCUGCAGCGCAAGGGCGCCCUGGUGCCCCUGGAGCCGGCGCUGCUGUGGAAGGUGUUGCGGCCUGGCUUCUGUGGCGUUGUGCGGCUCCUGGACUGGUUCGAGGUGCCCGAGGGCUUCGCGCUGCUCAUGGAGUGUCCGGAGCACUGUCAGGACCUCUGGUACUUCCUGCACAAGCAGCGGUUCCUGACGGAGCCCGUGGCGCAGGGGCUGUUCCGCCAGGUGCUGGAGGCCGUGCGACGCUGCAGCAGCCGGGGUGUCCUGCGCCACCACAUCAAGGCCGAGAACAUCCUCGUCAACCUGGCCACGGGCAAGGCGAAGCCCAUCGACUUCGGGUGUGGCACCAUCCUCUACACACAUUCUACACCCGGAUGUCAGGGCAGGGGCUGGCUGUUCUGGAACGGGAGCUGGCUGGGAGGGAUGGAGCAGCAUGGGCCUGAUGAGCUGCGCCUGUGUCCCGUAGGAAUGCUGGAGUACAGCCCACCGGAGUGGAUCCUCUUUGGCUGCUACCAUGGCCAGCCAGCCACCAUCUGGUCCCUGGGCAUCCUGCUCCAUGAGCUGGUCUGUGGGCACCUUCCUUUCCACACCAACAAGGACAUCGUCCAGGGCCAGCUCUUCUUCCUGCCCUGGAUGUCUCAAGAGUGCCAGCACAUCAUCAGGUGGUGUUUAUGCAUGGACCCCACAGACAGGCCAUCACUGGAAGACUUUUUGAGCAUUCUUGGCUACAGGAGCCCUGCCUGGCCCAGGAGGCAGCAGAGAUGCAUCCCUGUGCACAGUAGGAUCCAGGAGCCAGCAAGUAGCAGCGGCACAUGUUUCGUGGAGCUGGAAGAAAACCCUGGAGCGUUUCCCUGCAGCCGCGGCAUGGAGGAGAGAGCGCAGUCGAGGAGAUGCUUCCGCUGGUCCCCGUGA